UCGCGUCAACUUGGUUUGACGCCGCGGGUCUGGGGCGAUGACAGCCGCCGCCGGACCACCUCCCCGGGCUGUGCUCCUGCUCUGCCUCGUCUCCUCGGUGGGGUGCAAUAUGUUUGCGUUCACCGAGGAGCCCUUUGACAGAGCCGGGAAGUCGGACGGGUACUGUAGUCGGAUCUUACGGGCUCAGAGCAACCGAAAGGAGGGGAACAACGAGUUUGCGCUGCGCGUGGAGGGAGAUCCGGAGAGCUACCAGCCGGGCAGCACAUACAGAGUUACUCUGUCUGCAACCAGCCCCUCCUACUUCAGAGGGUUCACACUUAUUGCCCUGAAGGAGGGCACAGAAGGAGACAAGGACGAAGACUACGCUGGGAAUUUCCAGAUAAUUGAUGAGGAGGAAACACAGUACAUGACCAACUGUCCACCUGCUGUGACAGAGAGCACGCCUCGCAGGCGGACCAGCAUCCAAGUGUUCUGGACGGCGCCCCCGGGUGGCUCCGGCUGUGUUCUCCUCAAGGCCAGCAUCGUGCAAAAAAGAAUAAUCUAUUUCCAGGAUGAAGGCUCACUCACCAAGCGGAUGUGUGAGAAAGAAUCCUUGUAUGGAGAUGCGACGGAUAAACCGCUGCUCGAUUGUUGUGCGUGCGGAACGGCAAAGUACAGAGUCACCUUUUACGGGAACUGGUCUGAGAAGAUCCACCCCAAAGACUAUCCCCGUCGUGCUAACCACUGGUCGGCCAUCAUCGGUGCCUCCCACUCCAAGAACUACGUGCUGUGGGAAUACGGCGGCUUUGCCAGUGAAGGAGUGAAACAGGUGGCUGAGCUGGGCUCCCCAGUCAAGAUGGAGGAGGAGAUCAGACAAAAGGGUGAUGAGGUCCUGACAGUCAUCAAAAUGAAAGCGCAGUGGCCGGCCUGGCAGCCACUUAACGUGCGGGCUGCUCCCUCGGCUGAAUUCUCAGUGGACCGGAGCCGUCAUCUCAUGUCCUUCCUGACCAUGUUAGGCCCGAGUCCGGACUGGAAUGUGGGUCUGUCUGCAGAGGACUUGUGUACCAAGGAGUGCGGCUGGGCCCAGAAGGUGGUGCAGGAUAUGAUCCCGUGGGACGCCGGCACCGACAGCGGGGUGACGUACGAGUCUCCCAACAAGCCCACAGCACCUCAGGACAAAAUCCGUCCCCUGACCAGCCUGGAUCAUCCACAGAGCCCUUUUUAUGAUCCUGAGGGGGGCGCUAUCACUCCUGUGGCCAGGGUGGUGGUGGAGCGUAUUGCCAGAAAGGGCGAACAGUGUAACAUUGUGCCAGACAAUGUGGACGACAUCGUUGCCGACAUCGCCCAGGAGGAGAAGGAGGAAGACGACACCCCUGAGACGUGCAUCUACUCCAACUGGUCUCCGUGGUCGGCCUGCAGCUCGGCCACGUGUGAAAAGGGCAAGCGGAUGAGACAGAGGAUGCUGAAGGCCCAGCUGGACCUCAGCGUCCCUUGUCCUCACACUCAGGAUUUCGAGCCGUGCAUGGGGCCUGGCUGCAGCGACGAGGACGCGUCCACCUGCAUGAUGUCGGAGUGGAUCACCUGGUCUCCCUGCAGCAUGUCCUGUGGGAUGGGCACGCGCUCACGAGAGCGCUACGUCAAACAGUUUCCCGACGACGGCUCAAUCUGCACGCUGCCCACAGAGGAGACUGAGAACUGCGCGGUCAACGAGGAAUGCUCUCCCAGCAGUUGCCUGGUUACAGAGUGGGGUGAAUGGGACGUCUGCAGUGCCACUUGUGGUCUUGGCAUGAAGAGGAGGGAGCGCAUGGUGAAGAUGCCUCCUGCAGACGGCUCCAUUUGUGGGGCGGAGGUUCUAGAAGUGGAGAAGUGCAUGAUGCCUGAAUGUCACACCAUUCCCUGCAUGCUGACGCCGUGGUCUGACUGGAGUGACUGCAGUGUGACCUGUGGGAAGGGCCUGAGGACGCGGCAGCGCAUGCUCAAGUCGCCAGUGGAGCUGGGCGAGUGCACAGAAGAGUUAGAGCAGGUGGAGAAGUGCAUGCUGCCAGAGUGCCCCAUCGACUGUGUCAUGUCAGAGUGGACCGAGUGGUCCGAGUGCAACAAGUCCUGUGGCAAGGGUCACACGAUCCGGACGCGCAUGGUGACAAUGGAGCCCCAGUUUGGUGGAGAUCCCUGUCCUGAAACCAUCCAGAGGAAGAAGUGUAAGAUCAGGAAGUGCAACCGAGGACAGGGCAACAGCGACGAGAAGAAGCGACGCAAGGAACAGCGUGAGAAGAGGAGGAGCAAACAGGGACGAACCGAGAGCGCCUCCGACCAUCCAGGGUGUAGAAUGAGGCCGUGGUCCAGUUGGACAGAGUGCUCUAAGAUAUGCGCCGGCGGUGUUCAAGAGCGACACAUGAUCGUGAAGCAGAGGUUCAAAACCGCCCAGCUGUCCAGCUGUAAGGACAGGAAGGAGAUCAGGGCCUGCAACGUUCACCCCUGCUAGGAAGGAGGGAGGCAGCGGGGGUGGUGCGGACGGGAGGAGAGGGUGGGGUAGAUGACAGUGAGGAGGAGGAGAAGGCGCGCUGUCACAUAACAACCCAAUGCACUCUGUUUAGGGCUGAAAUGAUACAUUAAUGAAUCUGUAUUGGUUAAAUCCAGAGUUUAGUUUUUUUUUUUGUUUUUUUUUCUCAAGAGAAAACAAAAGAUCUCCCUGGAAAACCCUGGAUUUAAACUCGGCUGAUUCUUCUGUGCUUUCAAACUAGCUCUGAAACACAUCUGACUUUUGCAACAUUACUGUAAACUUGUCGUGGUAUAAAAUAUCUUUGAAAUUAUAAUAAUUAUGAACAAUAAAUUGAUUUAUUAAUAAAAAAAUAAAUAAAGUUAUAUCUUGUGGUAUCCUUAGGUAGUACUUCCAGACUUCAAAGCACAGGUGCCCAGCCAUUCCAGUGUUUUAUAUGCCUUCAAAUGUUCAGUUGUUUCUAGAAUACAGAACGCCCGUUAACUUUUUACCCAGCUAUAUUGUUGUACAUGUAGAUGCACCACAGUUGACAUCUAUAUGAUUUUGAACAUUGUUAGAAAAUGUUGUUAUUUUUUUCCAGUGGAAUUUUUUGAUAAGAAUGUGUCCCAAGACCAAAGUCUUGUGUAGGUGUUUUGUAGAUGUUCCUCCUUCCUUUUUCUUUAUCUCUGUUCCUCUAACAUAUUAAUAUUUUGGAAUAAUAUCACCUUUACAAUAAAAGUAAAUGUGACAACUUGUCA